AUGACUCGGCAAGAAUCUACAAAGUCGGAGACUCCGAGGGGUGGACGGCGAGGGACGACACCUAUUCUGAUUGAGUUCCACGUCGGUGAUUCUCUCAUCUUCAAAUAUGAUCGCAACUACAACGACGUGACUCAAGUCUUUGGUGCUUUGGAAUAUGAAUUCUGCGACUCUUCUUCUCCUAAAGCCGUCUACAAGACAGGAUACGAUGUCGUGACUCUCACAGGACCAGGUUUUUACUACUUCAUGAGCUCAAAUCAUACUCAGUGCCUAUCCGGACAAAAACUCGACAUUCUUGUCGUCCAUGACCGGUCACAUCUGAUUCUUCCACCACCACCACCACCAAGAAAGAUAUUUCCUUUUGGAAAGACCUACAACGUCGGUGAUUCCAAAGAAUGGAGGACUGGUCAUUGUGAGGCUGGGCUUAAGCUUCGAGUGGUGGUGGGACCACUUCCAAAAGCUGCUGUUCCGAGGAAGAUGAUGAAGUUGUCACCUCUGGAUCGUCUCAUCAAGUGGUUACAGACCUUCAGACCCCGACCACAUCACUAG